AUGAGUCGGUCGAUCGGAGGCGGCGUGGGGAGGCGGGAGGCGGCGGGCGUGCCGAAGGGGUGCCUGGCGGUGACCAUCGGACGGGAGGAGGAGGAGCGGCGGCGAUUCGUGAUUCCGGUGGCGUACGUGAACCACCCUUUGUUCGCGCGGCUGCUAGGGGAGGCGGAGGAGGAGUACGGGUUCGAGCAGGAGGGGCCGAUCAACAUCCCGUGCCACGUGGAGGAGUUCUGCCACGUCAGGGGGUUGAUCGACAGGGUAAUGACGACGUCGCACCACCACCACGGCGGCGGCGGCCACCACCAUCAGUUCCUAUGCUUCAAGGCGUAG